AUGGAUCAGUCAGGUGUGGCAGAUGAUUCUACACUUGGUCAAUUUGUGAAGUCUGUAAAAAAGAGAACAACCAGAGCAGUAUUGAGCUCACAAGCUGCUGAACUCACCCCUGCCCAGGAAGAUCAAGCAGAGCCUUCGACAAGGCAACAACCAGCAGCUGUAAAAAGAAAGAGGGCACCACCACAAAAGCAAGAGAGAGUACGGGACCCUGAUGUGAACUACUUCAGUACACGAAUGGGUCCCAAGCAAAUGUAUGACCUUGUCCAGCGUCUAACACAUGACCAAAAGGAUGCUGUGAUUGAUAUGGGUUUUGGAGGGCUGCUGCACCUACAAUUUUCAAGCAAUUACUCACAACUUGUUGAGUAUCUCCUGCAAAGGUUUGAUGUUUUCAAAUCAGACUUCAUAUUGGAUGGUGACCAUCUACAUGUUGGUGAAGAGGAUGUUGAAUACAUCUUGGGACUCCCCCGGGGGAAGAGAGAUGUUGAGGAAGGUACAAAGAGUGAGGAAAAUUCUACAGCUGCAUAUAAUAAGGUCCUGACUGAGUGGAGGAAAAGAUGGAAUGUCAGGUCAGGGUCACCCAUAACAACAAAGAUGCCUGAUGAAAUAAUCAGGAGAGGUGACCAUGGAGAUGCCUUCAAGAGAGACUUUGUGGUGUUUGCUGUCUCAUCUCUGCUCCGGGGAAAUACAGGAAGAUAUGCCAACUAUCGAGUUAUCAAGUCAUUGCUCAACAUCCGGUCAAUCUCAAGACUUAAUUGGUGCAAGUACACGUACAAUUCUUUAAUUGAUUCGUAUGACAUUUACAAAGACUCUCCUACCAGAUCCUUUGGAGGUCCAAUGGUAUUCAUCCUGCUCUUCUACUUUGACCGAGUACAGUUCAGAGGCAUGACCGUCAACCGCACAUUCCCAGCAAUAAAAGCUUGGACAAAAAGCCUUGUACGCAAGCGAGUAUCGGCUGAGAUAAAAUCAGGGGGUUUUGGUAAGGGCAAAGUUAUCCCUCGAUUUCAGAGACCUACUGCCAUUGCAUCUACAUCAUCACCCCGACCUGCACCUCCUCCUGCUGCAAUACCAAGGCCAGUGUCCAGCCCUGCUGCUACACCAACUAUUCCAGCUCCAUCUGUGCCUCUGACAAAUGUUGACCGAGUAACAAAUGUGCUUCAACGGCUUACAGCAGAUGUCCUUGAGUUCGGUCAGGUCAUGUCUGACAUUGGCAAGCAAGGGGCCCCGGUUGAAAUCAUGAAGAGGGCUUUUUCAGGAAUAUCAACAAUGCUGAGUGCUGCAAGCACAAUUCAACCGACUCCUAGCCCAACUGCCUCGCAAUUGGAUGACAUCUUCUUUGGAAGUGAGAGCUUCACAUCAGCAGUUGAUUCUCUGGUAGCAGCUUUUGAAAAAACAAGAAAGGAAAUGGAAAUAGAAGUCCCAUCAUUUGAGCUACUUGGACGCUCUACACCAACCCCACCACCAUCUCAACAGCAGCCUUUGGACACCUUGGUGGAUAACAUUGUGAGGAGUGCAGGAGUAUCAACAGAGAAGGAAGCAACUCCAUUGCUAAUCAGAGUGCCAUUCGAAAAGUCCACCACUCCUACUACCCCUGCUGCCCAAACUGCUGCUGAGAUUGAUGAAUUUGAUAAGGCUAUGGAUGAAAGUGAAUCUGAUGUUGAGGAUGUUACUGUGAGAAAGAGACCUGUGCGCAAAUUCAGGAACAUCCCGCUUCAUUUGAGGUCACCAUAUUGGAAUAAGAACAAAGGCUCCAUCAAUAAUGCAACUCCCAAAGAAAAGGUUUUUUCAAACUACGCAUUUUUGGAAGCCUCAAGUGAGCACCCGGGAGGAGAGACAUUGUUCAAAUAUGGUGAUUACUACUUCACAAGGGAUGAUUUUGCAACUAUGUGCAACGGUGAGCUACUGAGCAGCUUCCUAGAUGUCUGGUCCCUACGUUUUACAUUGCUGAACAUGCCCCGUGCGGUUGGGGAGACAAAGCGGGUCUACUUCUCCACCCUAGUACAUCUUCAAAUUGAUCCCAAUGAUCAGUGGAUGAAGGAUCUCCCAACUCACAUAAAAAAAGAAGAAUUUCAAUGA